AUGGAGAAAGGUGUAUCAAAUGAGAAAAGGAGGGAUCAUGUCCAGAAUAGAUCACACAACCUUUUGGCAGUGGCAUCUUUGGGUAUUCUCUGCCUGGUGCUGCUGGUCGUGCUGCUGGUCGUGCUGCUACCUGUCAUGGCGACGUUGGACUGUGAGGGGCCGCCUUCUGUAGCACCCGGCCAGGCAGAUCCAGCAGAUGAUCAGCAUCUUAUGCGUGAGUGGGCUGUGCUGUGUGUGGUACGCCCCUGCAUGACCAACCAAAACCCCCUCCCCGGCGCGGUUUCAAAAGCCUUCUCACUCCCUCCUAGGAAAGGUACCAAGUCCGUGCUAUUGUCUCUUGUCUGUAACUCUUCGCCUCUGCCUCGUCUCCCGCCCCGCUCCUCUCCCAAUACCUCCCUGUCUGUGCUUCACUGUACUAUGUUCACUGCUGGCUCAGUGCUGGCUCAUGUCCAGCCAACCCCACCGCCGUUCAGAAGAGACUUUACUUGGUUCCCAGGCCUGGAAUGUUGCCAGGCACACCAGGGCAAGGUCAAACGGCAGGCCAAGCUCGCCACAUCCGUGCCCCAUCCUAUGUGA